GAGACACACACACACACACACACACACAGAGAAGAGAGAGAGAGAGACACAGACACACACACACACACACACACACACACAUACAGAGAGAAGAGAGAGAGAGAGAGACGGGUGCAGCGUUGCCACCAACAGGACGGAGAUUCAAAAAAACCAAAAAAAACAUCAAGUGCUGUAUUUUCCUCUUGUGGCUUUUUUGUUUGUUGGAGACACGGAUCCUUGCGCGCCGCUGCGUCUGGCUCGAGGACGCUUGUGUAAAGGAGACCACCCUCCCGAGGACGGGACCUCCGAGGCGCAGCGCGUCGACAAUGGACAGUGUGCGUCCCCGCCACCGGCAGGUCGCCGUUGGAGCCGCGCGCCACGCGCACGCGGGACUGUGGCGCGCCUGAGCCCGCUGCGGUCUGACGGUCACUCCACACAUGGUUACUUGUUGAGCCGGGGGUAGGGGGUUUUGUUUGUUGGUGCUGUUGUUGGUGUUUUGUGUGUUUGGCCGCGUCGGGGAUCGGCCGCAGUCAGGAGCCCGCGAUGCCCGCGAGGAACAGGUACAACCUGGUGGACGAUGUGGCCGACUCGAGGGUGCCGCUGCACAACGAGGAGGCGUACCAGCACGGGAUCUCGUUCCAAGCCAAGUACGUGGGAUGUCUCGACGUGCCCAGGCCCAACAGUCGGAUGGAGAUCGUGGCAGCCAUGAGGAGAAUCAGGUAUGAAUUCAAGGCCAAGAACAUCAAAAAGAAGAAGGUCAGCAUUGUGGUGUCUGUGGAUGGCGUUAAGGUCAUACUGAGGAAGAAACAGAAGAGAAAAGAAUGGACGUGGGAUGAGAGCAAGAUGCUAAUCAUGCAUGAUCCCAUAUACAGGAUUUUCUACGUGUCUCAUGACUCACAGGAUCUGAAGAUCUUCAGCUACAUUGCAAGAGACGGCUCCAAUAACUCGUUCAGAUGUAAUGUUUUUAAAUCAAAGAAAAAGACGCAGGCCAUGCGUAUUGUGCGGACAGUCGGUCAGGCCUUUGAGGUUUGCCACAAGCUGAGUCUGCAGCAUGCAGAGCAGGAUGCAGACGGACAGGCAGACGGGGAGAGUGACAAGUCCGCAGAGGAGUCCAGCAAUAAUGGUCGUAAACUGACAGGAGCAGAGCGAGAGGAUGACGAGGAGGGCAAACAUGGGAGACGAGGAGAUGACUCUUUAGCUGGCACAUCACUUUGUGAAAAGGCAGUCACUGAAAUUCUGCAGAGUCUGGCUGAACUCAAUGUUGUCAAACCUGGACAGACCAUCAUAGACAUCGAUCGAAGGUCCCUCUUCACUGUGACGGCCCAAGGCAUUAUUCCCAGCAGCCCUGGCUCCCAAUCCCUCACGCCACUGGCAUCACAGCACUACCUGCAGCUUCUUCAGCAGCAGCUGCAGCAGCAGCAGCAACACACGCAGGUGGCCGUCGCACAGGUGCAGCUGUUGAAGGACCAGAUGGCGGCAGAGACCACUGCCCGUAUGGAGGCUCAGGCCCGCGUCCACCAGCUGCUGCUGCAGAACCGGGACUUGCUGCAGCACCUGGCCCUGCUUGUGCAGCAGCUGAAAGACCUGGAGGCCCGUUCCCCGAAAACGGCUCAACCCGGGUCGCCCCAGCAGGAACCCCAAACUAAUGGACACAACGGCCAACUGUCAUCCAUCUCUACAUUAGCAAACAGCCUGUCUCUAAACUUGAAGAAUCACUACAGCCAGAUCUCGGACCAGCUCAUCACCUCCACGCCGGCAUGGCCGCCCCAGACCUCCCCCCGCUCCCACAGCCAGGUGGACUGCGCUGAGUCCUACCUCAACCUGCUCAAUCUGGAGAACAGCACUAAACCGGCUGCAUCAGUCAACGGAGACCUAGAGCCGUUCAUCAGGGCCAAUGGGACGGCAGACGGCAAGGAGAGCUGCAAUGAGAUUGUGCCGUUUACGUCGAGAAACUCUGCCAACAUGGAUGAAAAGUGUAAACACACGAUCCCCAAACUGGACCCUCCUCCACCCUCCCUGAACCGCAAGCGGGCCAGCAGGACCCUGUCUCCUGGCUCCGAGUUCACCGCUGUGCCCACGCCGGGGGAGGUCACCGCUAAUGAAGGGGCCACGAGCCGCAGCAGCAGCCUCUCGUUCCCAGACACCACCCCCGGUUCCAUGUCAUCCGCCGACUUCCACUCCCUCAGCAACGGGGAGAGCAGCUCCUGUUCGACGAGCGAGGACUCCGGGGUCCGCUCGGAGACCAAGUCCCUGCUGUCGCCCCUGUGUGACGACGACGACCCGUUCGGGGACCGCGGGACCUUUUUAACAGCCUCCAGCAGCUGCGACAGUCCCCUGGAGGAGAGAAGCGAGGCGGUUCUCUCUCGCUCCGAGUCGUAUCCUGCCGAGCCCCUCGCCUCACACUCGGACGCCUAUGAGCACCCACUGCCCUUCCCCUCUCCUGUGGAUGAUACCUGCCUUCACAUCAGCUUCUCUGAGGAUGAGCUGCUGGAGAGCACCCAGGAAGACCCUAAUGUCCCACAGCGCAGUUAGGACAGGUUGACAUUCCCCUGGAGACCUUUUCACUAUGUUCUUCAAUCAGCUUUUCAUGCAGUACUCUACUGUCAGACCCUCUUGUGUUUGCACUGGGCUCCAUUUCAGGACCUGUAAUUUUUCUGUCCACGAGUAACACAGUACAGACAUAGCAUUAAUAAUCACUGUAUAAAUGAAAUUAGCCAUCGGACAGAUUUAGUAUUUUUGUAAUGAAACUAAUGAUCUAAUUUACUUUUUAGUGACUAGAAUAUUGAGCAGAAUACAUGUAGCAAUUCCUUGCACUGUUAGUCGCACAUCAUUUACCGUAAUGCCGAUAAGGGAACGCAUUUUAGUUUUACUAGUCAACAUGAAAACAUUAUUUUGUAUGAUUUCAGUGAUAUAAAGUAUGAUGAUGAUCAUGCAAAUGUUGGUGAUGUUGGGAAAAGCCUGGUCUUCUGAAAAAGCACCAGAGUGGAUGAUGGGUUGAAAGAAAAGAACAAGUAAGUCAGUAAAAGGGAAAAGGGCAAGAAGUGAUCAGAUCUGGUUCAUUUGGUUUGUGGCUAUGUGGUAGGUUCAUGUAUUAACAGAGUUCAGUUGGUCAUAGCAUGUUUUGUACUACUUGUAUUUUUGUUUGUCAGACUGUAGAAAAAAAUGGCAGAAUAGCCAAAGGGAAUUUGUGAAUUGCAUUGCUUCAAAACAAAGGCAUUUCUGCAUUGAGUAAAAAUGAUUUUAGUUUUUGAGAAGCAACAAAGGGAGAAGGCGAACCCCCAGGGAGCUAACGGCAUUGAAAAGCUUUGGAUUGCACCUUUCUGAGUGGAGAGUUAUAAAACGACCCCUCGGGCUCAGUGGGAACGUAAUUGGGGAAUUACAUGGGGCCUUGGAGAAAGACGGCGCGACAGAUGGAUUUUUAUCUUUUCUGCCUCUUUGUGAAGUCCUGAAUGACAAGGAAAUCUGUUGCAUUGAGAGCUCUCAGGACAAAUUAGGAUGUUGCCACAAAUGCAGUAUAUAGGGGUUUUUUUCUAGGCGAUUAAUCAUGUAGUAGAUUAUUCUAGAAAAUGAGUGUACAAUUUAUAAAGCGAACAGUAAGUUGAUUGGUCAAGACGAUAAUUGGCAGACUAAUUGAUCAUGAAAAUGUAGCCCUAAUAUUUAUACACAUGCAACAUCACAUGCUGAAAAAAGUCAAAUGAGAUGAACAGAGCGCAAACAAUUAACUAGUUGGGUCUAUUAAUUAAUCUCAAAUGUAAAUAUUUGCUGAAUAUUGUUUUUCUCAGCUAUUUAGAAAACAAAUAUGUUUUGAAUAGACAUUUUAUUUUAGAGAUCAAGCAAUAAAUCGAUCGAACCAGAUGAACUGACAAUGAAAACAAUUUGUAGUCCUAGAGCUGAACGAACACGUCGCUGUUCAAAUUGUCAUUUUUUGCACGUCUUUGAGAAGAUUCUGUGGCACCGUUAUGGUUGGUCAGGUCAGAGCUCUGUUGUAGCCUGUGACGGGUCGGAGUGAACGCGAGAGGAAAAGCAGCUGAGGUGUGAGGAACGGUGGUGUGAAAUAUGCAGGAGUAAAAUUCCUACAGUGGAAUUUACACCCAGAAAACCAGGCUUUUUCUCAACAUCACGUGUAGCAGGGAGAUAUAACGGCAAUAACACAUGGAAGGAAAAAAAUGAAUAAAAGGGAGCGGUUGAUGAAUUUCA